AUGAAGAAUUCUUGUUCAUUAUGUGAAUUUCUAUGCAAGUGCUUUUCAUCAUUGGGUUUAACUAUACUAGGUAUUUUUGGUUUAUUGUUUGCUUUAAUCUAUGUAUUUGCUUGUUCAAAUCGUGAAACAUGCUUACACAUUCAUGCUUAUGUUUGCCUUAUUCCUAUUAUAUCCUAUAUUCUCGUGAGAAAUAGUUUCAGUUCAUUUCGUAGAACAUACAGUAUAUUUUUUGCUUGGAUUGGUGAUAUGUCAUUAGAAUUAUUCAUUGCUCAAUACCACAUAUGGUUAUCAGCUGAUGCUUAUGGAAUACUUGUUCUCCUGCCAGGUUUUCCAUUAAUUAAUUUAUCCGUUACAUCAUUUAUUUUUAUAUGUAUUUGUCAUGAAGUGCAUACACUGACACGUCGAUUACAAAAUUAUGUCAUACCAAAUUCACCAUUAAAACUUAUCCGAAAUGUAUUAAUAUUUACAUUAGUAUUUCAUUUAAUCACUAAUUCAACAUCACAAAUGUUACAAUGGGAUUUUUUGUAA